CACUGUUUGAAUCGGUGGGAGAGAGAGCUAGGCAGAGACGGGGGCGACUACAUCGAAGACGAUGGCCUGCGAUGUCGCCGCCGAUGAGCCACCCGCCAUCCCCACCGUACCGGAGCUUCGCGCGCUCGACAAGGCUCCCGCCGUCUGCCCCGUCCAGGAGCCCCGCGCGCCCGGGAAGUCCCCCGCCGUCUGCACCGUCCGGGAGCUCCGCGCAGGCGACGCGCCGUCCGCCAUGGUCAGGGCCCCCGAUCUCUGCGCCGGCGACACAGAGCACGCGGCACACGAUCGAGUAAGACCAAGUCCACAUCACGCUAUCUCGAUUCUGUUUUUUUUUUUUGUAUGCCGAGUUCAACUUUGGUUCCGCUCAGUUCAACUCAGCGCCGCGAAAUUGAACUGUAGGAUGCGUCAGCUUGCUGGUGAAUUUUGUGUAGGUCACGUUGGAGUAGGGGGUUGGGCAACAGGGGAUGAGGAUUUUGAUUAAUUGAGCCAGGAAUUUCUAUUUGAUAGAAGUCUGUGUCUGCUAGAGAAAUUAUAGAGCACGACCGAAUUUGUUAGAUUCAAAGUACCAUAGCAUUUCUGAACUUUUAUUAGAGUGUGGUUAUGUGGCAAGGGGGGGUGAUUUUAGGUGUUUCUCUCUAGGAGGGGCUUUUUAUGGUGAUCAAAGUGUUUGAAUAGACUAGCUGUUCGGCCAUUUCAAUGCCAUUGCAGCACAAACACCAGCACCAAAGCUACCUGUAUGUGCAGCUGUCCCAGUUGUCCUUGUUUUGAUUGGCUUAUUUUUAUGGAAUAUCAUUCUGUGUGUAGAUGGACAGCUUGCACGGCUUGCACCCUAGUUGAGAUGGCAGAACGGCUAGUCUGGAAGACCAUGCAUGCUUCUUCUUUUUUCUCAGUUAGUUCCGGAUAUAACAAACAGUGCCAGCAUACUACUUCAUCUUUUCCUGAUCAAUUGAGGCUGUUUUGCCAAGCUUCAUGAAUUGCUCUUCGAAUUAAGUCAUCCCUACUAUAUAUAUCAGUUGUCUAUGCUUUUCCUUCUUAUUUUUUGUACAUAUUAUACUUGUUUUGGGCUUAAAAAAGUACUAAUUGACCGAAACAUUUUCAAUUUUAAGUGAACUCUCCCCCAAAAAAUUGUGAAACUAAUGGUCCUAUGUUAAUUAGUAUUACUACCUUUUGACUGUACAAGGAGGCAUAUAUCAGAAUUCAGAGCACCCUUUUCCAUUUUUUUUGUUAACUCUGUUGAUUGGCAAUCAAGCAGAUCAUACUACAAUAAAUCUGGUCCCUUAAUCAAACCGAGGUAGCUGACGUAGUCACAUAGAGACAGUACUUCUAAUUGAUCAGUAGGAGUAGUUCAGUACUGGUGUUGUAACCAGAUGUCUUACAAGCUCCACUUUUUGUCUUCGCCGGAUCCCCAUGCUUCUGAAUAGUAGUAUCUGCUUUUUAGUACUUGAUGUUUUUGGUUUAAUUAGUAGUGUAUUUUUCACAAUGUACACCCUAACUUUAACUCAGUUAUUUUUUUCUCAAUGUUUGGUUUAGUAUUUUUCAUGUCUCACCACGCCACACAUUUUAUUGUUGAAUUUUUGUAAGUUUUAAUAAUGUGGUUUUCAGGAUGCUCUUUUCCAUGCUUGAUCUGUAAGUUUCACAGUGUGGGAUUCAGAAUGUUAGCACACAGUUUUUAGUUUGUUUUAUUAAUGAACCCAAUGGAUCUGAAUGUAUGAAAAUUCUCUUUUUAAUAUACACAAUCCCUCAAGUUGCCUAAGUGAAGCUAAGAGUGCCUCAAUGACAUAUAAGAGUGUCUACAACUAUGUUUCUGUUUUCCUUCAGGUCAUUGUUAAGUACACAGUAGAUCGAAUGUACAUAAUUAAUUAACUUGGUGUUUUUUCGCUGGCUGCUCAUGGAUUGGUUUAGGGUUCCAUUUCACACUAUCUCUUCAAGAGAUUUUUUAAAUGGUUAUUUUUUGCUCCUGUACAUCGGGGCCCAGGCUUCUUUUGUCUUUCUUUUGCUUUUUUUGUAAAGUAAAAACACUCUUCUUUUCAAAAAGGCCCAAGAAUGGCAACCAAAACAAAAGAUUAGGACAGUGUGGGCCUGCCAGGGAAACCGGCUGCGGCGCUCCAACAACCAAAACAAACAACAACAAAAAAAACUGACAAGCAAAAAAGUGACAAGCAAAAGAGGCCCGUUAUUGUGUUUUUUUUUACCCAGGAGAAGGACAGUGCGGGCCUGCGAGGGAAACGGGCUGGGACAAGAAAAGGGGAUGUCAUGCAUAGGUCAUGUGAAUGAGACCAUUUUAUGUCUCAUUCGAAUGAGUUCCAGGCGCUCCCUAGAUUGUUUAAUCCGGUAGCAACCCACGGGUAUUUAGCUAGUUUAGUUUGUUUGAGAAGUCCAUCGACUUCCCUCAAAAAAAAAAAGUCCAUCGACUAGGCCUUUCAUUUUUUGAAUGCAUCGACUAGGUGUUGGCAUGCUGUUACCCUGUGUCCAGCAGGCCACAUAUGCGGGUGCAUGUUAGGAAAACGUUUUCAGGUUUUGACCAACCGAGAUUCAUGGAGAAACUGGAGCGGGAGGCCGAUCGUGCGUGUUGCAAGUGACGCUUCCGUGGGAGUACGUGCGUGUUGCAAGUGACGCUUCCGUGGGAGUGCGGAGAACCCCUAAUAUCGACCCACCGAGAUCGCGGGAGCGGCAGUUUUUUCCACCCGCCAACGCCAGUCUCCUCCCGACGGCGCCGCCACCGCUUUCUUCCGUCGGCCAUGUCCAUCCGCUCAGAUCGCUACCGCCGGUGGGAACGCCGCGCUCGAACUAGAUCACACGACGGCGACACGCCAAUCGAGAGGCUCAACGACGAUGUCCUCGUGGAGAUCAUCUCGCGCGUCCCGUCCAGGCAGCGCUGGCGCUGCAAGCGCGUGUGCAGGCGGUGGCUGCGCCUCGCCAGGACGCUGCCCCAGUCCCUCGCCGGCUUCUUCUACACCAGCAGCAACAAGGAGCGCUUCCCGGAGACCGCCCUCCACUUCUUCAACGUCUCAGGUGGCCAGGGGGGCCGCCCUUUCAUCUACCCCUCCUUCGCCUUCCUGCCCAGCCGCCGGCGCCUCGACCUCCUGGACUGCUGCAACGGCCUCGUCCUCUGCCGCUGGUAUGGCGUCUCUGCCCCGGACGACGAUGAUGACGGGUUCCGCUACGUGGUGUGCAACCCCGCCACGGAGGAGUGGGUCGCGCUGCCGGACAUUGACAUCCCAAACAGCUGCAAGGCCAUCAAGGAGUACAGAGUGCGUCUCGGUUUUGAUCCGGCCACGUCUUCCCACUUCCACGUGUUUGUACUUUCUUGGGGUGGCCGCCACCGCCUCGGAGUGGAUGUCUACUCGUCGGAAACCGGCACAUGGGUUUACAAUGAAGUGAGAUUGGGUGGAGAUGUCAACCUCUUUCAUCAUCUGAAGGGAACUGUCUUCCUCAAUGGCCGUCUCCAUUUUCACACUUUGGAUUAUCAUGUCUAUGAUGAUUCUGGUCGUUGGGUGGGGAGGGGUGUCCCUUCUAUAGCUGCAGUGGACACGGACGGCGAAACAUGGUCAGACUUUGGUUUUCCUAGACAUCUGCAGCGUGAUCUGGGUAUGGAGGAUGAUGGUUUUAUUCAGCUGUCGCAGGGCCGCUUGCAUUAUGCAAAUAUUACUCAGAGAAAUACCGGUAUUAAGACAGUAGUUUACGUUCUCGAGGACUAUGACAGAAGAGAAUGGGUACUGAAGCAUACCGUUAAACUUUCAGACAUGUUUGAUAGCAAAGACUACGGGAUUGGCUUUGAUUGGGUUGCGAUCCAUCCAGAAUGUAACGUGAUCUUCUUCACCCUGUGGUCAGGAAAUCAGUUCAUGUGUUACAACAUGGAUACUGGGCGAACUAGCCAGAUCCGCACUCUUGAAGAUGGCCGGUCACCGUAUCUGUCAUAUGUGCCGUUCUACUCAGAGUUGCAAUGUUUGCGCUCGUGACAUCAAUGCAUCAAUGCGGGGCUGCUGGUGUCUUUAUGAGUUUGAUCUUUGAAAGGAGACAAUUGUCCGUGCUUUGGAGCAAUGUGCUUGGUGUGUCUGCCUGAAUUUCGUUCUCAGCUUUUCUAACUGGAGUGCUCUACUGUCUACAUGCUUUUAUGCUUGGAGCAAUGGUGCUUCAGUAUGGACUAUGGAGCCAACCUGUGUUAUCUCUCUUAGAAUAGUUCUAAAAAUUUCCACUGAACUUCCUGUUAUAUGUACUUGUUUGUUUCUGCAUCCACAUGUUCAGUUAACUUCACUCA